AUGUAUUGCAUGUAUAUAUCAUUGGAAGAUCGAGAAUUUUGUGGAGAGCAUGUUCACAUUGAUUUGAGAAAUAUUGACCAAUUGGAGGAUUGUAUUCAUGAAUUGAAUACAUGUAUGAAGCCUCCACACAAUCAAGAGGAAAGAAUUAUUAGAGUUUUUCAAAUUACGGAUGCUCAUUUAGGUCCAUAUAUGAGUUUAGAAAAAUUGAGAAGAAUUUGCAAUCAUGUUGUGAAACGUGAGCAUGAAAUUGAUUUGGUCAUCAUUACAGGAGAUAUGGAAACAUUUGAAACACAUCAUGAUGAACAUGCUUUGAGAAUUGCGUUAGAACCUUUAAAGAAAAUUUCAGAAAAAGUAGUUGCAUGUUUGGGAAAUCAUGACUAUGAAGUGUUGGACAAGAUCAGAAAUGCAUUUAAAGAAAAUAAUAUUCGACUAUUGGAGGAUGAACAGCAUGUGAUACCAAUUAAAAGAUGGCACGCAUUACGUGGAAGAAAUGAACACACUGAUGACCAUUCAGGCCAUCUCGUCCAAAUUGUCGGAAGUGUUUACAAAUUUGCAGGCAUGCGAGAAUCAAGAGCUCAUAUUCAAGAAUUAUGUUCAAAAUUUCCAAGAAUAUCAUCAGAUAUUCCACGAUUGUUCCUCAUUCACAAUCCCUUAAUACUGAACUACAUGCCAAUCGAAGAAAAAGGUACAAUGAUAUUUAGUGGCCAUUAUCAUGGUGGACAGAUUGGAGUGACUUUCAAACGUCUCACCUUUUUCAAAGUAUUGCACUUUCUCAUUCGUCGAGUCAUGAAAAUUGAUGUUCCACAUUUCAGACUACGAGCACCGGAUCAAGGUUUCUAUGGACGAGGACAGGUAAGACUCUACUCGCAUCGUGGAACAGGUCAUGGCUUUCCAUUACGAAUGGCCAUUCGUACAGAGCAAUCCCUCAUUCACUUGUAUUAUUAA